ACAAGAGAAAAAGGACAGUUGCUAUGAGGAAGAGAGGAUAUUAUAAUUAGAGGAAGUAAAAACAACAUUUCUGUUUAAGAAGCAACUCAUUUAGAAACUUACAAGUAGAAGAAUUAGAGAGAAAAGAGAGACAGAGAAUCACGAUGGUUGAGUUCAAAUGGAUUAAAACAUCUUUAUCUCUGAUGCUGGUGCUUCCAUUUACAACAGUAGCAUCCAGACAGCUUUUCCUCUCUCUCACUGUUAGAGUUGGAGAUGAAGUCACUUUGUCUUGUGAAAAUGUAAUAGAUGAUCAGGAUAACUGUGACAGUACUAAAUGGCUCUUCAGAGAUUCAAGGAACUCAGCAGCAGAAGCGGUCCCUGAACUUGGGAAGAAUGGUGUAAAAGCCAAAGCUAAAUUAGACAGACUGAGUGUUACAGAGAACUGUUCUCUGGUUAUAAAGACGGUCACAGUCGAGGAUGUUGGUCGUUAUGACUGCAGACAGUUCAACAAUUCAGGAGGAAAACGCAAUCAAGAUGCUGUGGUUCAUCUGUCUGUUAUUAACAUGACUGAACAUAAGGAAGAUGAUAAGGUGACAUUAACCUGCUCUGUGUCGACAUAUGAACGAUGUACGACCACAGUGAAGUGGCUGUUUAAGGGUAAAGAGGUGGAUAAAGAUAACCAAGAUCUGAAGACAUCACAGUCUCCCUGCAGUGUCUCUGUGAGCUUUCUGACUUCUCAUUUCAUUCACACGUUGAAGCAUAACGUUCUGAAGUGUGAAGUGACUAAUGGUAACAAAGUGCAGGAGUUUCCCUUCAGACGUCAGCCCACAGGUGAGGACAAAAAAACAGGAACAACAGAAUCAACAACAACUGAAAACAGCAUAAAAGCAGGUAUCACGACGACAGCAUCUGCUAUCCAUAAUCAUUCAACAGGACGACAGAGCAAUUGGUGGUGGUUGUACAUCCUUGUGUCUGUGGUUUUAGCAGCACUAUUAAUAAUCGUUGUGAAAUCCAUCAGAUGGAAGAGAGCUAAAGAGACCAAAACAGGGAUGAAUGAAAAUGUUGGGCUGACCUCAGACCCUGCGGUGACUCCAGAAUGGACCCAAACGCAGACACUAACAGGAGGAGGAGAACGGGACACGGCUGAUCCUGAAGAUGGCGUUUCCUACGCCGCUGUCAGCUUCACCAUGAAGACCAACAAUAAAGGCCGGGUUCAGAGUAAAAAUGAUGCUGAUGAAGGAGAUGCAGUGACCUACACGACUGUGAAAGCUUCCUCCGCUGAUCCCAGCAACCUUUACGCUGCAAUCAACUGACCAAACAAAUCAAAUUCAUGUCAUCAGAUCUUUGUAUACCUCUUAUAAUGUGUAUUACAAUCAUUUUCAGGAUGGAUUAUUGUAAAAAGAUUGUUACUCAGAACAGGGUGAAGCAGUUUAACUAGUGGCAUAAUGUAAUAUAUAUAUAAUAUUUCCCCCCUUUAUUUUCAUAUUUUGCUCUGGUUUGAUAUGCAAUAUUUUGACCAUGUAUGUCUUUGUUCAGUUAGCGUUAAAUAUCCUGGUACCAACGUAUUCAAAGCAAACUAAAAUGAGGUGGGAUGUGACAUUUUUAAUUUUACCUGCAUAAAUGAUGUCACCAUGGGAGGUUGUGUUAAAUACUGAAUGUGUGAAAACUGUGGAAAUCCAAAAGUAACUUUGAAUCAUAUCACCAUAGAUAAGUAAGUUAGGAGGAAGUUAUACACAUAAGAGUAAGUUAGACUAAAAUAAGAAUGAGUCAAUAUGAGAAAGUGACACCUUACUGAUCACAGCAGGUAGAUAAUCUGUUUUUGUUUAAGGAACACCUAGUUUAGACUUUUAAAAGGUUAAUGAAUAACAGAAUGAGACACAGAGAUUUUACUUUGAUAGUAGAACCUUUCCUGAUUGUAGUGCAUUUUAUUUAUUUUUCUUUCUUUUAACUGUGUUGUGAUUCAUUAAGUGUUUUCUUGUUUCUAUCGUGUAUCUUGUUAUCUGUUUUAUGUGUUUGCACUUGUAAAAGAACUCUGUAUCAUGGAUUUUGAAAAGUGCUCUAUAAAUAAAUAUUAUUAUUAUU